AAGAACACGUGGAUAAUGCUUUUGAAGUAAAUCUAGGAAGCAGACACAAGCUAACAAAACCACCGUCCCCCAUUAGUAUGUGACCAUUAUUAUUAUGAAAUAAAAGCAAGACCCUCUAACAAACACCAACUACAACCAGUAUGGAGCAGAAGAUAGAGCAUUCUUUCCUUGACGUCAGAGGCCUCAGCCUCCACAUAGCUCAUAUCGGCAAAGAAGACAAGGGGACGGUAGUUUUCCUUCAUGGCUUCCCUGAGAUAUGGUACACAUGGAGGCACCAAAUGUUGGCUGUGGCCGAGGCUGGUUACCGUGCCAUCGCUCCUGACUGCCGCGGCUACGGCCUCUCUGAGCAACCAAAGGGAGGGGGGGAUGCCAAGUGGGAGGAUCUUAUUGACGAUCUCCUCGCCAUCCUCGAUGCUCUCCAUAUUCCCAAGGCUUUCAUAGUCGGCAAAGAUUUCGGGGCCAUACCGACCUACGACUUUGCGCUCCGCAAUCCGGAUCGCGUCCUGGGCGCUGUGGUCCUUGGAAUCCCUUUCUCUCCUAAAGGAAUGGAAUUCCAUCUCAUGCCCGAAGGAUUCUAUGUAUGGAGAUGGAGGGAACCAGGCAGAGCGGAGACAGACUUUGGGCGUUUCGAUGUUAAAACAGUGAUCCGGAACAUUUAUAUCCUCUUCUCUGGCAGCGAGCUUCCGAUAGCUGAGGAGGGGCAAGAGAUCAUGGACCUUGUUGAACCAUCAACUCCUUUGCCUACCUGGUUUACAGAGGAUGACCUCCAAGCAUAUGCUGAUCUCUAUGAGAGAUCUGGUUUUACCUAUCCACUAAAGAUGCCGUAUCGGUCAAUGAAUAGGAUGGAAAAGGCGGAUCCCAAAAUUGAAGCCCCCCUAAUGCUGAUCAUGGGCGAGAAAGACUACGCUAUGAAAACUCCAGGCAUGGAGGAUUAUGUUAGGGGUGGGAUGAUGAAGCAAUUUGUUCCCAAUUUGGUGUUUGUGUUUAUGCCUGAAGGGACUCACUUUGUUCAUGAACAAUUGCCGGGCGAGGUGAAUAAGCUCAUUGUUGAUUUCAUCAAUAAUCAUGUUUCAGAAGUUUGAGAUAGUGUUCUCUUGAUUUGCAGCAUGUUAAUUACCAGUAAUAAGGUACUUCCUGAAUAAUUGUUUUGAUGAUGGAGAGAAAUACCUAGUCUUUCGCUUCUAUGUAAAAGAAAGACUACAUGGAAUUACUCUGAGAGUUAAACCUUUUUAUAGUUCGGAUCUGAUUUUAAUAGAGAUAAAUUUUCGAAA